ACUGACUGGGAGCGUGCUUUUAUUUUGAAAAUCCAUGCUGCUGCUGGAGUCCUUUACUGUUCUCCAGUUGAGGUCAGCCGGAGGACCAGGUGAGCCGUGUCUGCGAAGGAAUAUUUAAAAGCUUGCACAGAGUAAUGUCGAGGAUAAACCUGCCAAGUCAUGGGUAGAGAGUCACAAUGACACAUGAGACCCUCACGAGCUCUCAGCUGUCUAUCAAGACCGCAGCCCUGCGUAUGGUUGACCUGCCGCUGUCCGUCUACAGCUCCCUGACACAGGUGAGCAUCAGCACAGACACCAAGAAAUUGGUGGCUGCCACUGCCUUUGGCGCAGUCUCCCUCCUCUUCCUCGCUCGCCGCUUCCAGAGGAGGAAGGGCAGAAAGAAGGCUCAUCCUCCACACUGGGAGGAGGCUGGCUUUGAGUUUCGCCCCCCGGCCACAGGAGAGAGCGAUAACACGAGCCAAAACAUCACGCUCUCCCUCAACUCCAAGAAUGGCUACUCCUCUGAUCUGGUUCUCAUUGCAGGAGGUUACAGAAAGUUGUCUGAGUCGGUCCUGAGCCUGGCUUCGGUUCAAACCUUGAACUCUUCCAGCAGCAGUACCUGUGCAAAUGAAUCCGCCUGCUGGGAUGGAGUGGAAGAUGCUGACAGCUGCAGUGUGGUUAACUUACCUGUCACCACACCUGAAAACCUGUACCUCAUGGGUAUGGAUUUAUUCGAAGAGGCUCUGCGGCGGUGGGAGGAGGCGUUGACAUUCAGGAGCAGGCAGGCUGAGGACGAUGUGAGCUGUGCCUCCAUCAAAACAGGAGCUGGAGACACGAUCGCUGAGCAAAGCAUGGAGGAUGUCAUCAGCGCAGACUUCAUCCACAGACUGAAGGCUCUGCUGCAUAGGGCUUACCGCCUCCAAGAGGAGUUUGAGGGAGUGUUGGGGAUGUCAGAGCCCUCAUCCCACAGCAGCAUCCAGGAUAAAGUGGCAGACAUUUUGUCCAGAGAAGACCUGGACGACACCUGUGUGAGAGACAGCAUCAGCAUCGCCUCCACUGACUCUUUUGUGUCUGCAGCUGAGAUGUCAGAGCACAGAGAGCUGAGGAGUGUUUUCACUCUGGGACAUCACCCUUUCUAUGAGGAAGCGCUGAAGAUGGCUGAGGAUGGCAGCAUUUCCUGCAGGGUGCUGCGAACUGAGAUGCUGGAGUGUCUUGGGGACUUGGAUUUCCUGGCUAAGCUGCACUGCGUGCGGCAGGCUUGGCAGCUCAUUUUGUGCGACAGGAUGACUUGGAUGUUUCUGGCCGACACAGGAAAGAAAAUACUGUCCUCCAUUAUAGUCAAAGCACACAAGAGCCCAAAGAGAUUUGAGGAAGUGUUUGAUGAGAUGAUCUCCUUCCUGGAGCACACAGAGCACUGGGAAAACACGGAGGUGGAGCUCGCCACACGAGGGGUGAGGCACUUAAACUUCUACGACAUCGUGCUGGACUUCAUUCUGAUGGACUCCUUUGAGGACCUGGAGAAUCCGCCCAUCUCCAUCCAGAACGUGAUUAGUAACCGCUGGCUCAACAGCUCCUUCAAGGAGACGGCAGUGGCAUCAAGCUGUUGGUCAGUACUGAAGCAGAAGAGGCAACACAUAAAGGUGCCCGACGGCUUCAUCUCGCAUUUCUACACUGUGUGUGAACAGAUGAGCCCCGUCCUGGCGUGGGGCUUCCUGGGGCCAAAGGGCUCCCUGCACGACUUGUGCUGCUUCUUCAAGGACCAGGUGCUGCACUUCCUCAAAGACAUCUUUGAUCUGGAUAAAGUGCGUUACUGCUCGGUGGAGAGUCUGGCGGAGGAUGUACUCCACCUGCUCCACCGGCGCUCUGAACUGCUGCUCGCCUACCUGGGAGCUGACACCUUGCGGCAUCUCAACGGCUGUAACUCCCCGCCCGUGCAGCUGGUUCCCAGCGCCCUGCUGGAUGCACGAGUGCAGUGAGAGACACGCCCACAUCUUUGAACUCUACACAAGUCAAUCCCAGCAAUUAUUCUGGGGUGAGUUCACACAAACUGUCGGACCAAAGGAAACUGUAGGUGAGAGCUCACCUCCAGUCUGAGAUCCACCCAUUAUAUUUCCCAUUAUGCCAUGUGCUCUGUUAGUGCAUCCAGGUAAACCGAACCAGACUUUGCUUGCUCGUCGUCAUCGCUGCAGCCUCCACUUCUUCCCCCGGCCCCUGUUCAGUGUGCCAUAACAGUGCUUUUAAAAUGUUCAAAUAGAACAGCAAUAAUAUUUAUAAAAUAUAUAUAUAUCUUGCAGUAGAUGUUAUUUUUUAUGUUAUUAAGAGCAUUUUGUGACAGAAGAUGAACUCAUUUAAUGUAUUUAUUAUUCAACUGAAAGGUGCAGAGCUCAUUUUGUAGAAGUAGUGCCUGUAUGCAUUAAUGGGUUAGUAAUCACUCUGACUUUAAUAGAUUUAUUAAAUAUUUCCCACUGAAUAUCUUUUUGUUCAGAGCUGCUCUUCACUGGACAAGUUUAAGAUGAAAAUGUGUUGAACAGGAGAUAAAAUGCUCUUAGGUUUUGCUGUCAUUUUUUAUUUUUUUUUUAAAGGGGAAAGUUAUUAGACACUAGUCCAUAAAACCUUUAUGCAAUAUUAAUGAUUAGCACAUGAAAUUCACAAUGCCCUUAAAAUAUUAAGACAUAUCACGACUGCACAUCUCUCCAGCUGCUGUACGACUUGUGCUGCUCAGUUUUUCAAGACGGGCAGAAAUACAGGAAGCCUUACUGUAAAUGCACGUAUUCAAGCCUCGCAUUUGUCAUCCCCGGUUCUUUGUUUUCUUUCAUAAUCUGAGAGGUUGGAAAAAAUACUGCUGUGUACAUAAUAUACACAACAUGCUUGAAGCUUAAGGAGUAACUGCUGUAAUCUGCAAAAUUUAUAUUUGAAAUGGACCUAUUAUGCUUAUUUCUAGUUCCAUAAUUCAACGUGGUUUCACUUCCUCCUGAUAAUCCAUGCUCCACCAGCAGUGUCAUUAUCCACCCCAGUGAGGGAUGCUGCUUUAAGCCAACUUUCUUCUGAUUGGCUGCCCCUUACAAAGAGCAGCUUUAAAUGGCAGGUGAGAGCAGCCAUUGUGCUCAGUCAAGGCUUCAUGCCUGAGAUGACCAUAUUAGAGAGACAUGAAGCAAAGGGUGGGGGGUGCAUCAUUCUGAAGCCCAAGUUUUUGUCUCAUAGGGAUUAUAUAUACAGACCUCAUAAACUGAACCUUCAGCCAUAUGUAAUGUGCACAUCCACCAUUAUAAAAACAUUUAUGACAAAAAUGGGAAAGCAUGAUAGGUCCACUUUUAAGUUUUGUGAUUUCAAGUGUGUCAAAGUUCACACACAGCCAUUGAUCGCUGUGAUUACUCCUAUCAAUACUGACCAGUAACUUCCUGAAAAGUUUUUCUCUUUAAAGCUGACAGGAAUGUAAUUUAAACAUGACUAGUCUAUAGCCUGGCUGGAGAUGGUUCUAUGUUCUCUUUUUUUCAGACUAAGAAAAGUUUAAGUUAGUCUGGAAAACCCGCUGAAAGGUUAAUGUAUCUUUUUAUCAGUAUUUCUCUUCAGCUGGGAGGGGAUUAUAUCAAUGUCAGCAGGGUUUUCUCAGCUCAGAAUGAGUCUUUAAAGGGGGGCAUUUCUCUGCAUAUAUUCAAGGGUAAAUCUGUUAAUAUUUGCAUUUGUCAGGGAAUAAAGUUUAAUGUGUGCAAAUCAA